AUGGCUUCAAACUGGCACCUGCAACAGAGCAUCCGGGUCUUUGACAAGACAUUUGGAGCUGGUGAAAUUGAGAGCAAGAAGCCCGAGAGCUUUGCAACAAGCAGCUGUGUGCUUAUUUGUGGAUGCUAUUUUUCUACCAGCUGUCAUCGCAACACCAAAUUUUAUACUGACCCUGUUGAAGCUGUAAAAGAUAUACCCAAUGGGGCAACUAUACUUGUUGGUGGUUUUGGAUUGUGUGGGAUUCCUGAAAACCUCAUUGGGGGUUUACUGAAGACUGGAGUAAAGGGAAUAACAGCAGUCAGUAAUAAUGCAGGUGUUGACAAUUUUGGACUUGGUCUUCUGCUUCAGACUAAGCAGAUAAAACGCAUGGUGUCAUCGUAUGUUGGAGAGAACGCUGAAUUUGAACGCCAGUAUUUAUCUGGUGAGCUUGAAGUUGAGCUUACACCUCAGGGUACGCUUGCCGAACGUAUUAGAGCAGGAGGAGCAGGAAUCCCAGCAUUUUACACCAGUACUGGCUAUGGAACGCUCGUGCAGGAAGGGGGUGCACCUAUCAAAUACAAUAAAGAUGGCACCAUUGCCAUUGCUAGCCAGCCAAGAGAGGUGCGAGAGUUUGAUGGCCGUCACUUUAUUCUGGAGAAGUCGAUUACAGGAGAUUUUGCUCUUGUGAAGGCAUGGAAGGCUGAUCGUGCAGGAAACAUAAUUUUCAGGAAAACUGCAAGAAACUUCAACCAACCUAUGUGCAAAGCUGCCAAGACAACUGUGGUAGAGGUGGAAGAAAUUGUUGAUAUAGGAGCAUUUGCCCCAGAAGACAUUCAUGUUCCCAAAAUCUAUGUUGAUCGCCUGAUACAAGGAGAGAAGUUUGAGAAGAGAAUUGAACGCUUAUCAGUCCGAAAGCCUGAAGACUCAAAAGCCAAACAAAAACAAGGAGACAAUGUGAGGGAGAGGAUCAUCAGACGGGCUGCAUUAGAGUUUGAAGAUGGCAUGUAUGCUAAUCUGGGUAUUGGAAUCCCACUGUUGGCCAGUAACUUCAUCAGUCCAGACAUAACUGUUCAUUUACAGAGUGAAAAUGGAGUCCUGGGUUUGGGUCCUUAUCCACUUGAAAAUGAAGUAGAUCCAGACCUGAUUAAUGCAGGUAAGGAGACAGUCACUGUUCUUCCAGGUUCUUCCUAUUUCUCUAGCGAUGAAUCAUUUGCAAUGAUAAGAGGAGGCCAUGUCGAUUUGACAAUGCUUGGAGCUAUGCAGGUGUCUAAGUACGGUGACCUGGCCAACUGGAUGAUUCCUGGUAAGAUGGUAAAAGGAAUGGGGGGUGCCAUGGACCUGGUAUCCAGUGCGCAGACCAAAGUGGUUGUCACCAUGGAGCACUCAGCCAAGGGCAAUGUCCAUAAAAUCUUGGAAAAGUGCAAUUUGCCCCUUACUGGGAAACAAUGUGUAAACCGCAUCAUUACAGAGAAGGCUGUGUUUGAUGUGGACAAGAAGAAGGGAUUGACCCUUGUGGAAAUCUGGGAAGGACUGACAGUGGAUGAUAUCAAGAAAAGCACUGGCUGUGACUUCACAGUUUCGCCAAAACUAAUACCGAUGAGGCAGAUUUAAACGUGAAAUACAGACUGGGCUUAACUUGCCAGAAGGCUUGUUUCCAAAUGGGAGCUCAGUGAAGAGGAAUCGAUGACUGUUUUGCAAUUUUACUUUUUUUUUUUUAAAGGGCUUUGUAAGUAGUUUCCAGACAGUUAAACUCAGACUGUGGCUAUCAGAAUAAAUUGUAUUUUACUUUCAUAACAUUACCAAUUUUCAUGGAAGGGUGGAUUUAUUCCCUAAAUUUUGAAUAAUGUUAUACUAAAGUGUUAAUGAACAUUGUCAAAAAAUGCCUUGUAGUAUCUCUGCCAAAUACUACAUUUUUUACACAGAUGCAGAAAAUGACCAUGCAAAACUUGUCUCUGCUUUUCCUGAUGUCAUUAAACUUACAAGUCACUCUGUUGCUCUGGAGCUACAGCACUUACCAUGUCCAUUCUACUGUAAAAGUUGGGGGGGGAGGGCUGUUCUGGAGUGGUUUAUGGCAAAUGUAUGAAGCUGUAGAGAGACAUGAGGAAUACGGACUUCCCUUUUCCUCAACCUUUUAAUGAGUCUGUGACAAAACUUUAUACCAGUGGAAGAAACUGUGUCCUUAGCCCUGAAUGUUUUUGCUGUUUCCAUGGUGUGUAUCUGUUGUCAUUAAGAAGCCUACACCUCCCAAAGUCCAAAUCUGACCCCUUCUAUUUAAAUCAUGCAAACUAGAAUGGGGCUAAUAUGAAGGAGGACGAUUAAGAAGUCUCCUUCCCCAUGCAGGCAACUGGUAGCUGCACAAUUCUCCUACAUGAACUACUCUUACUCUCCAGUUGUAAUUCUUCUCCCCAUUCAAAGGCAAAUGAAGAUUGUUUCUGGAGUGAGAUCUGUCCUUCCAGUGUUGCAUAGAGAAAUAGGGGAAGAGAAUGUUGUGGGCACUUGGAAAGGAAUACAGUUGGUUAA